AUGGAGGCGGAUGGCUCUGAAGAUGUCAACGACUUCCUUAACCGCAUCCGUGAGCUGGGCAACAAACGCGACAGGGAGGACGAAGAGCGCACUAGAAAACUAGAAGAAGAGAUCAUUCAAGGCCGGAGAGAGAGAGAGGCUAGGAGAGCGGAGCGUGCCCGAUCCCUAUCUCCAACUAAGGACUCUCCUGGCCCCUAUGGUAGCCCCUCAUUGGCAGGAAGCGUUUCUCACUCCUCUCCCGUACGCGCACAAUCAAUUGAACCCCCGUUGGCCCUUCUUCCAUCCCCCAAAAGAGAAAUAUCGGAUACCACACCAGCAACUGAAGAGACGGGGAAUUCAGAUAUGGCCAAAGCAGAUGAUCUGGCUCGUCAUUCUGCCAGAUUAUCGACCUCUUCGCGCCCUUCCUCACGAGGGCUGACUUGGCAGCAGCGUCCUGGCUCUCGGGAUCUUGAUGCUGGUAUUGUCCCUUUUCCAACUUUCCCUUCGCCCAAAUCUGCAGUCGAAACGCGUCUGGAGUCUACUUCCACACUUGACGCUGAUUCGACUCCGCCCCGAUCUCACAUCGCCCAGUCUCUUGCUUCGAAGGAUCCCACCUGGUUCCGACAGACAUCUGAUCGCGGAAUUGGAUCGCCUGCAUAUAGACGCGCCCAAGAUAGCUCAGUGUCGGAUGUUGCUAUGUUGAGCGGGAACAUUAGAUUGCCCGGUUUUAGCAGAGACCCGACGGUAGACUCUGAAAAGAGAUGGAGCAACCAACAAACUGGGCGAGGUACUGCAGUCCCCAAGCCAGGCUACCAGACGCCACCGAGCAGUCUAUUCAGAGAAGCAAGUGGUGAAACCUCUCACAUCUCUAGUCCGCGCCCCGGCUCUAGCCAUACCGAAACAACAAUUGUUCGCCAGCAUACGGAGGGAGAGCUUGAACCAUCGAAAUCACCUAACGAUGUCGCCCUGAAGCAAUCGCUUCCAUCCAGGCCCUUGUCGCGAUCUGAUUCAAUUAGUAAUGUGGGAGACAGACCGUCAGAUCUUCCUGUCAGCCCAUCAAAAACAAUGGAUUCUCGGCGAUGGAGCCCAACGAAAGCUACCUGGCUAGAGAGUGCUUUAAACAAACCCGAUUCUCCAAAACUCAAGCCGCAGUUCCAGGAGGAACCUGAAUGGAAGAAGGGAUUAAAUAAUAGACUGAGACAAAGCAAGGCUAGUGCCGAUCUAGGAAGACCUGGCUCUCCAAAAUUCUCAUUGCAAAAGGAGAACCAACCUCCGGCGGGGAUCUCAACCCAAUCUUUGAGAGAGUCUGAGAAUCGGGACUCCGCAAACACAGUUAAAUCAAGCCACCCAAAGCUUCGUAGCGCUCUUCUGUCUGAUAAUGAAGUUCUGCGCAUUGACACAAUGGCUAGCGUGGCACAGACUUCUGAAUAUCCCAAAAAGCUUGAUGACCUGAAGUCAAGACCUAUAGCUUCUCCCAGGCAAAUGGCUGACAGUCCAGCUUCACCGUCACCCAUAGGUUCCCAAAAAGGACUGGGAUCCAUAACAAAAUCGCCGGUUGAUGGGAUUUCACCGCAAUUGAAGCCUUCCACCCCACCCUUAAAUAACUUCAGAGCAAACUUGCGGCGUCGCGAAAUAACCGAUGGAGCUUCCAACAAAGAUGAGCCUGAAUUCAAAAAUGUUUUCGGGAAGCUAAGGAAGACCGAAACGAAAAACUAUGUCGCCCCCGAUCUAUUAAAAGACAACAUCUUAAGGGGCAAAGCCGGUCUGAAUGCAACGGGAGGACCGAAAAAGUCCGAUAAAAUAGACGAAUUCAAGGAAAGCAUUCUUAAACAGAAAGAGGCAAUGAAAACCGGUGGAGGUUCGAUCCGACGCCCAACUAUUGGAGAUAAAGGGGCUAUUUCACCAGACAAACCAUCGCCUGAAAUCCCGGAGGCCAUUACGAAGCAGAGAACUAUGACUAAGUCUGGACCUGCAGUCACUAGUCUUUUGGGGAAUGGCAGGCACUUGAAGCCAGUUGAACUUCCCAGAACCGUAGGCGUUCAAAGAGAAAUAAAGCAGUCAGAGGCAGCUGGGUCUGAUGUUCAGGACCCUGAACUCGAGGCUAUCCCGUCAAGAACUUCAUCGAUUCAUGGCCCAGAAGGUGAAGCCUCCGACAUAGUUACGUAUGCACGGAAUUUGCCAUCUGAUAAACUCGCUGAUAUCCCCGCAAAACCGGAUCAACAACCUGAUGUUUCCUUACAACAAUCGGCGGCGAAAUUGCAUAACAAUCGAGAGAUUCCUGAGCAGUCUUCAAAACUGGCCGGUAUUGCGUCGAAAUAUGACCGUAGCUCCAUUCAAGCACCACCCAAUGGUCCACGUGCACGUUCUGGUACAGGAAAGCUUGCGGACAGGUUGAAUCCUGCCCUGGCAGGUCUUUUAUCCCGCGGACCGCCUUCUAGUAGCGGGCCAUCCAGCGGUUCGAAUGAUGAAUCAUCACGACCAAUGCCAUCUCAGUCUGAGCUGUCUGAGUCAAUCUUACCAGCAAAAUUGACGCACACGACAAAAGGACGAGCAAAGGGACCCAAAAGGAGGUUACCACAAUCUGGAAACUCCAAUCAGAAACCACAGAAGAAUGAGCACAAAACACCCUUAAAAGUGGAAUUAACGACGUCAUGGUCAUUGCGUGAUACCAAUCCUAGUGAUGAUAAAUUAAGCCAGGAUACGUCGCCUACUAAAGAAGAUGAAAGACAAGCCACCAGUGUCUUCGAAGUCUCCUGA